UAAUUAUAAUAAUUGCAUAUUUGUUUUACCAUUCGUGUGUAUACUACACACAGUAAUAUGUCAUAUUUUUAUUAGAAAAUUUAUCGUAGAUCAGUUUCUUGUUGUUAUUUGUGUAAAUUACGCCCAUUAUUUUGGUGUAUAAUUAGUUAUGUGCAAUAAAAUUUUAUAUUUAAAUCAUAAUGUGUAGGGAAGUGUAAAAUAUCCACUUAUGUGACAAGAAUGUGAAAUUUAAAUUUUAAAAAUCCAUUAAAGUUUAAAUUUUAUUAUUUCUUUAGUUAUUAAAAAAUGUUGAAUAAUUUUUUAGUAUCUAUUUUAAAAUAAUUUAAAAAUACACACCAGUGAUUCAUAUAAUUAUUACUUAUUACGAAAGAUGUUUAAAAUUUACAAAAGUAUUGACAAUAUUCUGCGAUGACUGGGUAAAAAACAAUGAAAAGUAAAAUGCCACCAUUUCGACGAAAAAAAUCUGGAAAAUCUUUUCCUAUUAAAGUUUGUACUCUAGAUGCUGAAUUAGAAUUUAAUUUAGAGUGGAGAGCAACUGGGAGAGAUCUAUUUGAUCUAGUUUGUAGAACAAUAGGACUAAGGGAGACCUGGUAUUUUGGUCUUCAAUAUGAAGACGCCAAGGGAUUCAUAUCAUGGCUGAAAUUAGACAAAAAAGUACAGGACCAAGGAAUUUCGCAACAACCGACGACACCAUUUAUGUUCCUCGCUAAAUUUUACCCCGAAGACGUAGCAGAAGAACUAGUUCAAGAAGUAACUCAGCAUCUUUUUUUUCUUCAAGUCAAGCAGGCCAUUUUGUCAAUGGACAUUUACUGUCCACCAGAAGCUUCAGUUUUAUUGGCUUCUUAUGCCGUACAAGCGAAGUAUGGAGAUUAUGAUGAAGUUUCCUGUAGACCGGGAAUGCUAAUCAGUGAACAUUUACUCCCUCAAAGAGUAAUUGAUCAAUAUCAAAUGACGUCAGAAAUGUGGGAAGAUCGCAUUAAAAUUUGGUACGCCGAUCAUCGAGGAAUGUCUCGUGAUGAAGCAGAAAUGGAGUAUUUAAAAAUAGCACAAGAUCUUGAUAUGUAUGGUGUGAAUUAUUUUCCAAUCAAUAAUAAAAAAGAAACAAAUUUAUGGCUGGGUGUGACAGCCCUUGGACUAAAUAUUUAUGAAAAGGAAAAUAAAUUAACUCCCAAAACAACAUUCACGUGGUCUGAAAUACGUCAUAUAAGUUUUGAUGAUAAAAAAUUUGUGAUCAAACCAGUGGAGAAAUCAUCGCCAAAUUUUGUAUUUUUUUCGUUGAAAGUUCGCAUGAAUAAACUGAUUCUUGAUCUAUGUAUUGGCAAUCAUGACUUAUUUAUGAGAAGGCGUAAACCCGAUUCCAUGGAAGUUCAGCAGAUGAAAGCCCAAGCCAAAGAGGAAAGGUCUAGGCGACAAAUAGAAAGAAAUAAAUUGGCAAAAGAAAAACAACUGCGCGAAGCAGCUGAAAAAGAAAAAGCUGCAAUGGAACAGAGAUUGCUGCAGUACCAAGAAGAAAUUCGUCUUGCCAACGAAGCCUUGAGAAGAUCUGAAGAAACAGCAGAUUUAUUAGCAGAAAAAAGUCGUGUGGCUGAGGAAGAAGCCAUGCUAUUGAGUCAAAAGGCAUCUGAAGCUGAACAAGAGAUCACUCGAAUUAGACUAAAUAACAUGAAAACUGAAGAAGAAAAAGUUCACUUGGAACGGAAAACGAGAGAAGCGGAAUUACUCACUGAAAGAUUGGUUCAAGAGUCUGAGAGAAGGGCAGCAGAAGCCGAAAAACUAAAAGAUGAAUUACUUCGGGCACGUAUAGCAGAAAAAGAAGCAAAAGAAAAACUUUUAGAAUUUUUAAGUAGAAAUGCUUACACUGCCACCAUAACACCUGUGCCAAAUAUAUUUCCAUCAACACAAGUUUUACCAUCCGAUUUACAAGCAGACCUUCAAACUUUACAACUAGAUACCGACCCACUACCUGCAGACUUAACAUCUUAUGAUCUUAUCACUGAUGGAGAUGUUGACCAGCUAUCAUUAGAGAUAGAAAAAGAAAGAGUUGAUUAUUGGGAAAAAAGCAAACAUUUGCAAGAACAAUUACGUGAACUACGCUCUGAAAUAGAGGUAAUGAAAGUUGGAGAAAAACAAUGUGAUUUAGACCAACUCCAUGACGAACAAGUUAGACUUGGUGAAAAUAAAUACAGUACUCUAAAAAAAGUUAAGUCUGGAUCUACGAAAGCCAGAGUUGCCUUUUUUGAAGAAUUAUAAGUUACGAUAAAACUAUUUUUUAAUUAAUUAAUGUAUUGUAUAAAUAUGUUUUAAAUUUUAAUUAAUAGUUUGUAACUUUUAUUUUUUAACUGAUUGUUUAACAAAUUAUUUUUUAACUAUAUAUUACGGAAUUUUAAAUAAACGGAAACUUAUAGAAAAUAUUGUUAAGACUUUCGAUCACGAUAACAAAAAUAGUUAACGUUAAUAAUAUUGUAAAACACAGAAAACUAUUUUAACAAUGCCAUAUAUUAUUUUUAUUAAGUGGAUUGUUGAGGAGGAACAGCUGAUUUAUAUUUUAUUUUAGAGUAUAAAUCAAAAUAAUUUAGAGUACUCGACUAUAAAAAAUUAUACCAUGAAGUGUCUUAAUAUAAUGGAGUUUUUUAUAAUGUUAAAUCCAUAAAAAGUUACGAUAAUAAUUAAAUAGUAUUUUAUAUAGCUGUACUAAUUUUUUAUUGAGAAUCGUUAGAAUAAAUUGGAUAAUUUUUCAUGUAAAA